GACGGUAGGGGGAUGUGACCAGCAUAAAUUUAUUUUCAUUCAAAUAAAUGUUUGAUUCAAACAAAAAUCAAAUUAAUAUGUAUUUAGUUAAUUACUGGUUACUUGAUAACAUUGAAGUGUUUUAAAAACCAAUAAAGAAUGAUUAUUAGAUUAAACCUUUUAAGUUUAACAGUAAAUAUAAAUCACCAUAGUGUUUAUCAGACAUAAGUGUAAUAUUUGAAUUUCACACUUUAAAUUUAAUUGUAGUGUUUUUAUUCAUUAUUACUAUUAUAAUAAUGUUGAAUUUUGAGGAGAAUGUAAUAAUUAAUGAUGAAAACGAUCUUGGAUCUGAUCAAGAGACAAAUUGCUCUUAUUCAGAACAUUCUAAUCGAACACCAUCUAUUGAAAUAGCAUCCAUGUCAUCGACAAUAUCAACAUUGAAUACUACAGAUCAUGCUUUAAUAUCAACAAAAGUUAUCGAUAAUUCUUGUAAUAAACAAGAACAGUUGAUGAAUUUAUUAAAUUCCGACUUUUUGUCUUGCUCAUUUUGUCAUGCAAAUGAUAAUGUAAUAAAGCUUCUUCCGUGUUUACAUACAGUCUGUCAAAGUUGUGCUAUUUCGUUACAUAACCAUUCAAAGAGUCAGGAUAAUUCACCAAUAAAAUGUAAAGCUUGUCAUAUGGCUGGUUUGAAAUUACAAGAACAAUAUAAUCCUCAUAAUAAUAAUAGUUUUAUUAAUGAAACACUAAAAAAUAACUAUAACGAUGAGAAAUAUUCGACAGUUCAACCUGGCAUUAGCUCAACUACUGACUCAAACCGUGUAUUAGAAAAGGAGGAAACAAUUACAGUGGAUGAAUUACAAUUUCCAAAUGCAAUAUUUAUUGAAAAACUUCGAGAUUUAGCAAAUUUAUUACAAAAAGAUACAAUACGUAAAUGUGAUUAUUGUAUGUUUGAAAAUCAAAAUUCAGAAGCUCAAUUCAGAUGUAUUGAAUGUGGUGAUAAUCUAUGUGAACCAUGUGCACAAGCUCAUAAACGUACUAGAAUAACACGACUUCACACUCUGCUUUCAUAUGAGGAUAUUUUAGUAAACGGAUAUUUGCUACGCAUGAGAGAGGCUCCACCUACCCAAUGUACCGAUCAUGAAUUCUCUGAGCUUAACACAAUUAAUUCAAAUGAGAAGACUAUAGGUAAUAGUCAGAAAGUAUCAGAUAACACAGUCAGAACUAGUUCUACUACUGUUGAUUUUAAUAGUAAUAAGGGUAAAACUAUUAUUGGUCACCGCUGUAAUUGGCCAUCACCAUCAGCUUGUUUUUACUGUAAACCAUGUAAUAAACUUUUAUGCGCUGAAUGUAGCGGACAUUUCUCAAUGUCAUCUAAAGGUAAAGAACAUGAAAAUCAUGUUGUAUUAUCAUUGGAAAAGGCUGUUCAUGAUGCUAAACUUGAAAUUAAUAAGCAAAUUGAUCGAGUUAAACGGAGCAAUUCACAAUUCGAAGAUUAUUUACGUCAUCUAAUUAAAUACGGUCAUGAACUUGCUGAAACAGAAUUGAACAUAACUAAUCAAAUUCAAAAUAGAGCUGAACAAUUGAAAAACGAAAUUGAUCAAAUAGCUAAUAAACUAACCAAUCAAAUUGACAAAGAAAUUGGGAAUGAAAUGAAGCUAAUUGACCAAUGUGCAGGGUCCCUGUACCCAUUAAUUGCCCAAUGUGAAGUAGCUUGUCGAUAUGCUAAUGCACUGAAGGAUUUUGGAAGACCAGAAGAGGUACUUUUCUGUUUUGAUCAAGUAAACGAACAACUGAGCUAUUUGGGACAAAAGAAAAUUGAAUAUUUAGGAGCACGUAUAAAAACAUAUUUCAAAAAUGGCGGUUAUAGUUAUUGUGAAGAUGGGAUAGAAACAAAAGGUCAAACAUUCAGUUCAUCAUAUUUAUUCGGAAGUAUUGAAUCUGAAAAAGUUGUAGAGGAAUUUUCAAAAAAUGAAAUUAUCAAUCGUUCAGCUAUUCAUAAACAAAAUGAACUUAAAUUAGAGCUUAGUAAUAUGUACUUAAAUCCUGAUCAAAUAUCAGUCGGUGUAAAUACUAGUCCAAGAGAGCUAGAAACAUUAACUAGUUAUCAUGAAGAUAAUCGAUUUAAUAAUAAUGAUAAUGAAUUAAAUUUACUUAUUUCAGGUAAUCGUUUCAAAACAAAUGAAAGUUUCUUAACACCAAGAAAUGGUUAUACAUCUGAUAAUAUGAAACAGAAAUCAAUGAUUAAAGAACAGUAUAAUCUAUCCAAAUGUCAAGUAACCAAUGAAUUAGAAUUUGAUGCAAGAGUUAGUACUGAUUUACGUGAUGUUUGGCCUACUGGAUUAGUUGUAAAUCAAUCGAAUGGAGACAUUUAUGUUGUGGAUAGAGAUAAUUCUAGAAUCAAGCUUUUUACCCAUGAUGGAACAUUUAUUUCAAGUUUAGGUGAUACAGGUGAAAUGACUGACCGACUUAUAAGUCCAUUUGACAUUACACUAUCAUCCAGUCGGGGAAUUAUAUUUGUAUCAGACUAUCAACGAGAUGAGAUUCGACUAUUCAGCUUCGAUGGACGUUCACAGGGUACAUUAACAAAAAAUAAACUUAAACAUCCACGUGGAGUAUGUUAUGGUAUUGGAUUAUUGGCUGUUGUUGAAAGUCGACGUCAUCAUAUUAGUCUUUAUGACAUCCGCUGUGAUACUAAUUCACCAGUACAUCAAAUACCUGUUGAUAAAGCAUUAGUUGGAGAAGAAGAUAAUUCAAACAAAUUUAUUUUUAACAGUCGAACUGCGCUUACUGAACCGUAUUAUGUUGAAUUUGUUGAUGAUGGUGGAGGAUGCUUAGGUGUUACUGAUUGGGCUGCUCCAAGUGUCAAGUUGUACUCAUUAAAGACUGGUUCUUUUCUAUCUUCUAUAGGUGGUUAUGGUACAACAAAUGACAAUAUUUUACAACCUUAUGGAAUAUGCUAUGCUCCAUGGACUAGAUCAUUUCUAAUUGCUGAUCAUGUUAAUCACCGUAUACAAUCAUGUCAAAUUAAACAUAUCAAUGAAAAUGAUAAUACUAUUCUGACAAAUGACUUCAAUAGAUCAACAAAACAAACCAAUGGAUUGAAUCAAAUCCAUGUUAAUGGACAUAAAAUCACUUCUAUUAAUUUAUCUUCAUUGAAACCGAUUGCUGAAAAGGGUACACAUUCAAUAUGGCAUCCAAUGGCUAUUACUACAGAUAUACAACGUAAACGAAUAAUUGUAACAGAAGCAUUAGGCAAUGUUAAAGUAUUAAAAUCAAUGGAAACAAUUUAAUGCUAACUACUACUAUUAAUGUCAUUUAAAAUAGUAUGAAACAUUUCUGAAAAAAAAAGAAACGUUUACCAUUUUAUUGUGAUCAUUAUGUAAUCUGGGAAUAUUUUCUUUUCCAACGAUUUAUUUAUUAAAAAAACAAUUUUCUAUCGAUAAUAUCAUUAUAAGUCUUCUAUAUAAAUAACAAUUUAUGAUACCAUUACACAAUAUCCAACAUAAACUGCCACCCAUGUGAUUAUUUUUUAUUUUUAAAUAUUAAUUAUUCUUAGAAAUAGUUUUUAAGAUUGACUCAAUAAAAAAAU